UAAUAUUCUUCAACAAUGUCACACUCUUCUUCUUCUAAAAUUCAAAAGUACGAUGCUUUUCUGAGUUUUAGAGGUGUAGAUAUACGUAGAACAUUUGUGAGUCAUCUCUAUAACGCUUUAAUACAAGGAGGAAUUAAUGUUUUCAAAGACGAUGAACGUCUAGAAACUGGAAAAUUAAUUUCUGAUGAACUACCAAAAGCCAUAGAAGAGUCUAAAUUUGCUAUAGUGAUAUUUUCUGAAAGCUAUGCAUCGUCAAAAUGGUGUUUAGACGAGCUUGCACACAUCAUAAAGUGUCGAAAGGAAUUUGACCAAAUCUUAAUUCCUAUUUUCUAUAAUGUGGAUCCAUCAGAUGUGCGUCAUCAAACUCAAAUUUUUGCUGAGUCUUUUUCCAAACAUGAGGAAAAAUAUAAAGAUGAUAUGGAGAAAAUUCAAAGAUGGAGGGAUGCAUUUUCUGAGUCUGGGAAAAUAGUAGGGCACCAUUUGCAAAAUUACAAGGAUGAGGCAGAUUGCAUCAAAAAGGUUGUUGACGAACUAAUGUCAUCAUUACAUAUUAAAUCUGAUGACGAUGGCGAUCGGGGCAUGGACGCUGAAUCUCCAAUUCUUAUUGAUGAAGGGAAAAUGAGUUUUUCACGAGAUAAGAAGACGGGAAAGAAAUGUUUCAUGAUAGCAGCAAGAGGACUUGAUAUUGAAUGGAGUAAUACACCAGACUAUUGGGAAUGGUUACCUCACUCUGACUCCAGAUUCGGGGAAGUGGCUAAACUCAAGUGGGUUUGUUGGCUUGAUAUUCGAGGCAAAAUUGAAACUCGAAGACUAUCAAAAAGAACCAAAUAUGUUGCUUAUCUAGUGUUCAAAUUGGAAGAUAAAUUCCAUGGCCUUGAAACCGUUAAUGCAGUUGUUAGAUUUGUUGAUUCUAUGAGUGUAAAAGAAGCGGAACAACGAGCUAGUGUUGUACAUUUUGCAGGACGAGGAUCUAGAGAGACACUACCCUUUAGAAGAGGUGAUGGAUGGAUGGAAUUAAAAAUGGGCGACUUUUUCAAUGAUGCAGGAGAAGACGGAGAUGUUGAUGCGCGAUUAAUGGAGACUCAACGUCUCGAAGCAAAAGGUGGCCUCAUUGUUCAAGGAGUGGAGUUUCGUCCCGAAUGAAGAAGAGAAGAAUCCUCCUCUUACUAUGCC